GUACAGAAGUUUAACCUUGGCUUUCCCCUAUCAUGCUGAGUUUCCUACGACGUACGCUGGGGCGACGCUCCAUCCGGAAACAUGCAGAGAAAGCCAGGUUGCGCGAGGCUCAGCGCGCCACUACCCACAUCCGCGCGGGAGAAGCCAAGUCUUUCAUCACCUGUCGUGUAUCCUAUUGGAUGGAACAGAGCGUCAGUGUUGACCUGCCGAAAAAAGCCAAAGGUGAGGAGUUGUUUGAGCAGAUCAUGUACCAUCUGGAUAUUAUAGAGAAAGACUAUUUUGGACUGCGGUUCAUGGACUCUGCACAAGUGCUGCAUUGGCUUGAUGUGACAAAAAGUAUCAAAAAACAAGUCAAAAUUGGACCACCGUACUGCCUUCACAUGAGAGUCAAAUUCUACUCGUCAGAGCCAAACAAUUUGCAUGAAGAGCUCACUCGAUACCUUUUUGUAUUACAGUUGAAGCAAGACAUCCUCAGUGGCAAGCUAGAAUGUCCCUUUGAGACAACAGUGGAGCUAGCUGCCUUCUCUCUACAAGCUGAGCUAGGUGAUUGUGAGCCAAUUGAGCAUAACCUAGACCUGGUGUCAGAAUUUCGUUUCAUCCCCAACCAGACAGAGGAUGUAGAGCUGGCUAUCUACAACAUGUGGAAGGAGUGCAGAGGUCAAACACCAGCCCAAGCUGAAAUUAACUACCUGAAUAAAGCUAAGUGGCUAGAAAUGUACGGUGUGGACAUGCACAUGGUGAAGGCGAGAGAUGGUAAUGAAUACAGUCUGGGUUUAACGCCGACUGGAGUUCUGGUGUUUGAAGGACAAACAAAGAUUGGACUCUUCUUCUGGCCCAAAAUUACUCGUCUGGACUUCAAAAGAAGCAAACUGACUCUUGUGGUAGUGGAGGAUGAUGAACAGGGUAAAGAGCAGGAGCACACCUUUGUCUUCAGGAUGGAGCAUCCCAAGGCCUGUAAACACCUGUGGAAAUGUGCUGUUGAGCAUCAUGCUUUCUUCAGGCUGAGAGGGCCAGUACAGAAGAACUCUACACACUCUAGCUUCAUACGCAUGGGCUCACGUUUCAGAUACAGCGGAAAGACAGAAUACCAGACGACGAAAGCCAACAAAGCUCGGAGAUCCGCAUCCUUUGAGAGAAGGCCCAGUCGACGUUAUUCCAGAAGAACCAUGCAGAACAGAGGAACACUGAAUCCACAAGAGGUUCUUUCUUCAGGCAAUGGAGUCAGCUCUAGCAAAGACACUAAGUUUGCUCCCAGCAGAGGUGCCUGGUCAGGCAUACCUUUGGUCAGUCCGGUCGCUGCUGCUGCUGCUGCCUGUGGAGCUGUGGAAAUUGAGACUCUGCCCAGGAGUCCUGGUGGAGACAAAAGGAGUCUGCCCAUGGCCACUGACCUGCUGGAGACAUGUAUUGAUGAUGUCCUCAAGGCUCCUGUUGUUCCCACUGCUACAGAUGAGGCAGGUCCAAACAAUGCCUUUUCGACUUCCACUGUCACUGAGGAUGAGGCACUCAGUCUCAUUGAAGCAGCAGCUCGUCUGAAGCAGUUGGAAUUGGAGAGCAGUUCACUCCUUCCUACACGAAAUAAUGUUAAUGUCAACAGGGCCAUGAACAAUCAGGACGAUGUGGUGAAGCUCCCAGAGAAAUGUGGUCUGAGCAGUGCAGGCAGUAGUCCAGUUGUGACUUCACUUCACACCCCAGAAAAUAUGAAGAGCAACAUCCUGAAAGCACAGGCUGAGGCUGUGGCUCUGAAAGGUUCUUUGGAUGAAUCUUUGGUCAUAAUUGGAGAAAAAAACUGUAAUGUGCAGGAGGCAUCUGCCAGGUUGAAGGUGCCCAGCGGGUGUUUGGACAGUAGCUCAUCUCUGUCUGUUGGGAGUCGCCAUGACAUGCAAGACUCCUGGGACCAGGUCAAACAAACCUCAUUGGUCUCAUCAGCUGGCUCCAGCGUCGAGGGGUUACCUGAAGAGUCCAGCUGUGUUCCCAAGAUUUCUUCUGAGUGUGAACCUGUGGCACCAAAGCCUAAAGCAGAGGAGGCGGAGCUACAGAACCCCACCUUGAUGUCGGAGAACCUGAUAGACUUCACUGAUCCACUACCUGUGUUGCUGGCAGUACAGCAGCCCAAAGCUGCCAUCAUGCCUCAUUGGAUCAUUCCUGCUACUGCUCCUCCUGGUAUCUUCACUAAUGGCCUGCACGAACCUGACCCCACUGCUGAGGUUGCCCCUGUUGUGCCUGCAGAAGGAGAAGGAGCUCUCAUCCCAGCCGUCCCCCACCGCCCUCACACCCAUAACAUCAUCUCCACCAGCGCUGUGGGGCAUCAGCCAGCCUCAGACCAUGGAGUCAAACCCAGAGGUCUCCUGACCACUGAUCUCUGAGGAGUAGCCAAGAGCCAUCAUCGUUAUUGGCAUUCUCACCUCAUCACCUAAUCCAGCCAGGAGGGACCACAAGCACAGCAGCCACUGUAGUUUAAAUUUUAGUGCCAUUUUCGGCAUUUGUUCAUUUUGUAGAAUUGAGCACAAUUCGUGUUCUAAAGAAAAAUGGCCUGAAAUCCAAGUGGAGACACUUUGGAGGCUUUCAGCUAAAUAGGAAAAAUAAGGUGCAACGGGCAGCUCUUUGUAGCUGUUGUUGUUGUUAAGAUGGUACCUGUUUAGGAUCAUGUUCCCUAAUUAUUGACCUUGAUGUUUGCUGUCCGUUCAAUCCUGUUUGUGUGAGAUGAAGCUCAGGAAUCGUGUUUGUUGUCGCUC